AAGGCUUCAACAGCAACCGAGUGAUUCGAUAUACAUGUAUAAUCUACACAUCCAAUCGGCUGUCUUCUACUACACCAAGGGCCAGAGGAAGUCCAUCAAACUGAACUAUGGCGGCCACAGCUAUGUGAAGUUCAUGGAGAACAGUCGCGGCACCAAAUGGAUCUGUGCCACGCGUUCCACCACCAAGUGUCGCGCACGCGUCCGCACCAAGGGAGAGAUUCUGGAGGUGCUGCACGGCCCACACAAUCAUCAGAUCUGCCGGCGACACUGCGAACGUGCCAAACAACGAAAAACUGCCAGCCAAUCCUAACUCGCACGAAAUUUAUGGGAAUCCGAUUUCUACAUGAAAAAAUAUGUGUCUAUAUUUUAUAAAUCCUAUUUAUACGAGCUGAGAAUAAGAAUUAGGAUAAGCCAAUAUCAGAAUCUAU